UGAAGUCUUGUAAUGGUACAGUCCGUUCGGCAAAGUUUACUACGUUUGAAUUUCCCGCCCUUUAAAUCUUUCUUCUGAUUGGUCAAAUGUUGACAUCUGAACAAAAUGGCGGCGGGUAGGUGCUGGAAAGUCGUCUGCCUUGCGCUUUUCCUCAUUUUCUUCGGUUUACCGUCCUUAAUCGGCUGCAAUGACGAGAUAGACCAACAAUUCUUUCAGCCAGGGAUCCAGGGGAUGUUGAAAGUUGCUGCAGCAAAGCCUAGAAGGUACCUCCUAUAUGAUGUGAACCCAGGGGAGGGCUUCAAUCUACGUAGAGAUGUCUACAUGAGGAUAGCUAACCUGGUGAAGAAGCUACAGGAUCACGGGUCCUGGGUUCUAGUCCUGCCUCCCUGGGGCCGCCUGUACCACUGGAAAUCCAGCAUGGAGAAACAGCAGACCAAAAUCCCCUGGUCGGCUUUCUUUGACCUGGAGAGUCUGAACAGACACAUUCCUGUUAUCGAGUUUGAGGACUACAUAAAAGAAACUGGUGUAGCAGAGAUGGACGAGAUGUGGUACUUACAGAGCUACAAGGAUGGGUUCUUCCAGACAGGGAAAUGGGAGGAGAAGGUGGAUGAACGGGACUGUAAUGACCCUCCCGUCUACCACCCGGACCAGAGCGGGCAUUACCGCGGCUGGUUCUGGGGAUAUGACGAGGCGUAUGUGUUGAAGUUCAAGUGUGUGUCGGCACAGGCCAAUGCUGGGCUGAUGGUCAAACCUCUGACAGAAAAUACUACAGCAAGGUCCAUAGUGAUCAAUAGAGCAGAGGUUCUGAUACAUGAUGCCUAUGGACAGACAGACUACUGGGCUGCUAGGAGAAGCAUGCGUUUCUCCAAAGAGCUGAGGUUUGUAGGGAACGAGUUUCGGAGGAAAUAUCUGAACUCCACGGACAAGGAUGACAAAACAAUCAUGUGGGAAGACUGGAGAACAUUCAAGCCAGCAGUCGGGUCGGCUAAAGGCGGUCCUUACCUUGCUGUACACCUGAGGAGAGGAGACUUUGCUCGCAGUCACACUAAGAACGUCCCCAGUCUACAGGGGGCCGCCAAACAGAUCAAUCUCAUCAUGCAGGAACAAAAACUUGAGAAAGUUUACUUGGCAACAGACGCUAAUGACCAAGAAGUGAAAGAGAUACAGAAGACAGUGAAAGGUCUAGUGAGGUUCAAGCCCACAAAAGAGCAGCUUAACAAGUACAAGGAUGGUGGAAUUGCCAUCAUUGAUCAGUGGAUAUGUGCACAUGCCAGGUAUUUUAUAGGAACAGCUCUUUCCACCUUUUCCUUUCGUAUCCAUGAAGAACGCACAAUCUUGGGCUUUGAACCCAAAACCACCUACAACCGUCUCUGUGCUGACAACCAGAGUGAGAAAGAGUGUGAACAGCCUUCCCCUUGGCCAGUGGUCUAUUAACAAUAAAAAUGUCGGCAAUAGUUAUCAAAUUAGAUAGUAACUUGCCCUGUGUAGUGUAGUAGUCUUUUUUAGACUCUUCAGAAAAUAUAUUUUCCUUGUUCUGAAAAAAACAUUGUAUUCUCAUAUACUAGUAUAUUCCAUAGGGAUGCUGGGAUUGUACUAAAAAAUAGAUACAAUACGUUCUACAGAUUUUGUGAUAAAUAUUAUUUGGAUGCCUAACAGUUAAUAGGUACUUUUUAAUGCAAUAAAGACCAAUUAUUAGUAUACAUAGUGUAUUGAAAAUCUGCCAUAUUUCUAAACUAGUGCACAGUUCAACUAAGUGUUUUAUAUUUAUUGAUUUAAAUGGUGCUGGAUAUGUGCAGUAUUGUCUUGUCAUAGACCCAUGUUUUAGUAUAGUAAUAUUUGAUACCGCACAGUUAUCCAUAUUGUGCAAAAAGUUAUGUUUCAAUUUUUUCAAUGCAAUAAACUUUUUA